AAGGACAGUGUGGUACCUACCGUAUUUCGCGCUCCAUAAGAUGCACCUAUAUUUUAGAGGCGGAAAACAAGAAAAAAAAAUAAACCAAUGAACUGCAGACACAGUACAGGAGAUGACCAGAGACUGCGAACACAGUACAGGAGAUGACCAGAGACUGCGGACACAGUACAAGAGAUGGACCAGAGACUGCGAACACAGUACAGGAGAUGACCAGAGACUGCGGACACAGUACAAGAGAUGGACCAGAGACUGCGGACACAGUACA